GGUUAAUGAGCCCGAUUAACGGGAAUCGGAACCUAAUACCCAUACAUUUUGUUUGGAUUAGUAAAAUUUUUGCUUGGAAUGAGACCUCAUUCCCUCUUCAAGGUAAAUCAAUACCUCAUACCCCUUGGUUUACCAUUUCCCAUACACCAUUCCCAUUCCCACCGAUCAUCCAAACACCCCCUAAAUCUGAGGCGGCAAGGAUUUAAAGCUGAGGCGGCAAAGAAAGAGAACGGGGAACGGGAGAUGAGACUUGAGCAUUGUAGCUGCUCUAAGCAAUGUCUUCCAGGUUGAUGCUAUAAGGUCGAGCUAAAAUUCCUGCUUUUACCUUCUCCAAAAUAAUGGCUUCUCCUCGGUUUCAAAUCGUAAGCACUUGUUCUCCUUUACUCUGUCAUUUUCAUUCUCAUUUUCCUAUGUUCUCUACUAAUCAUUCUUCAGCUGUAACCACAUUUCCCCCGUUUAACAAUACUUGCACUCCCUUCUCCACUAAACCUAACCCUAAUUCAAAACUCAAACCUCCCUUUAUUCCUUCUCUAUGCACCACUCAUCCCCACUUAAAACAAUUACUCUAUCACAAAUCCAAGACAGGUUUCGAUAAACUCGAUGAUGCUCUUCAAGUGUUCGAUGAAAUGCUUCAUUUAAAACCGUUGCUUCCGGUUCUGCAGUUCAACCAACUGCUGGCCGCGCUUGUUCGAAUGAAGCACUACUCUGUUGCUGUCUCUGUGUUUAGGGAAAUGCGUGUUUUAAGCAUUCCGGUUGAUAUGUUUACCUUUAAUACUGUGAUCAAAUGUUGUUGCCACUUGAAUACACUUAAUUAUGCGUUUUCGAUGCUUGCUGGGAUUGCUAAACGUGGCCUUGUCCCUGAUGUGGUCACCUACAACACUCUAAUUAAGGGCCUUUUGUCUCGAGACAGACCUGUUGAGGCUGAGCGCUUGUUUGAGAAGCUUGUGGGAUAUAAGGACAUGCGGCCCAAUGUAGUUACAUAUACCACUAUUAUUAAGGGCCUGCUGUCUCAGGACCGGGUUUUGGAGGCUGAGCGUUUGUUUAAGAAGCUUAUUAGAUGUAAAGAAAUUGAGCCUGAUACAGUUAUGUACAACACCAUCAUUGACGGUCUUUGCAAAACUUCAAAUACCUCCAUGGCUGAGAAGUUAUUAAGAAAUAUGGAGAAGAAAGGUUGUAAACCGGAUACAGUAACUUAUAGCAUGAUUAUUGAUUCUUUGUGCAAGGACGGACUGGUUGAUCAAGCUUUGGGUCUUGUGUCUGAAAUGAAUGAGAAAGGCAUAUUACUAGAUGUUAUAGCAUAUACCACAUUACUUCAAGGUCUUUGCAGGUCCAAACGAUGGGAGGACACUAAGCGACUGUUAAGUGAGAUGGAUGUUAAAAACGUCUCUCUAGAUUUACACACCUAUGGUAUAUUGGUUGAUGCACACUGCAAAGAAGGGAGGACAAAAGAUGCGGAAGAUGUGAUUGAAAUUAUGAUCCGGAAAGGUGUAACUCCGAAUGUAAUCACCUACAGUACACUUAUGGAUGGAUUUUGUUUAAGAGGCAAAAUCGACAGGGCAUUAGAGGUGCUGAAUACCAUGAGGGCUAAUGGGAUAGUGCCAGAUUGUUGUAGUUACAAUAUACUGAUAAAUGGCUAUUGUAAGAGGAAGAAUGUAGAUAAAGCCAUCGAGCUCUUCAGACAAAUGCCUGCUGAAGGUUUGAAGCCUGACGUUCAAACCUAUAGCACGCUCAUACACGGUCUUUUUCAGGUGGGUAGACAUAGUGAGGCACGGAAUAUUUUCCAUGAAAUGCUAAAAAAAGGUGAUAAACCAGAUAUCGUGACAUGUAGAAUUUUGUUAGAUGGCCUGUGCAAGAACCAGUUCAUUAAUGAGGCAAUUUCUUUCUUUAAUAUCCUGGAACGUAAUGGUAUAAUACAUGAUAUACAAAUACAUACCAUCCUCAUUGAUGGUCUUUGUAAGAAAUCGAAGCUUGAUGAGGCUAGAAAUAUAUAUGAUAACCUUGCUUCAAGAGGUUUGCAACCAAAUGUCAUAACUCACAACAUAAUGAUCAGAGGACUUUGUCAGGAAGGUUUAUAUGAAGAAGCAAAGGAAUUAUUUUCAAAAAUGGAAGCUAGCGGUUGUUUGCCUGACGAUGCGACUUAUAACACAAUCAUCCGUGGAAGUCUUGUCAACAAAAAAUAUGAAGAAACUCUUGUGCAUAUAGAGAACAUGCGAGCUAGGUGUUUCUCAGCAGAUGCAUCUACCACGUCCAUGGUACUAGACGUAUUAUCCACAGAAGAACUGGACCCAUUUGUUCUUGCAUUUCGUGAAUGGUUUUUGCAAUAGAUUCUGUUAUUACACAGAGUGCUAAAAAACAAUGCCAAGUAUCUAUGGAGACAGUGCUGUGCAAUCAAUGACCAAAAAGGAGGACCGGUGCUGGUCCUGAGAGAGAAUUUGGAAGCCCUGUGCGAAGAUUUUUAAACGUUCACCAGGUGGCUCAUGUUGAUACCUCACAGAAGGAGUUUGAGUUCUCACAAAGGUCAAAAUGGUUCCAAGCAGCUGUAUGAGGACCCACUGAUUGUUUGGUUUCAACUAAAAUGACAUUUUUGUUGAAGUUAAUAUAUUAUCAAUGCACCUAUUCACUAAAGAUAUUUAAUAGGACUGAUACCUUGUGGCCAAUUUGCUCUUUGUGAGUAAUUAAAGUCUUCCUUAUCAGGAGAGCAGGUAAUUGAUAAACUACUCAAUGCAACAUUCUUGCAACCAUAGAAGGGAGUGUGGACUGUGGAGUACAAGAAGAUGUCACAUGCCCUUCAAAUGAAAAGGAAGGAACUCUUUUAUGUCAUGUAGAAACUCCCAACAAAUUGUGAACAAAAACAUUAGGCCCGUCCUUUUUGCAUGCCUUCUCUAGAUUGAUUAAUUGGAUCUAAAUGAAAGCAUGUCUCCUUUCUCUCAGGUCCUGAGGCUUCAGUCGUUGAUCUGAUUGAUUUUAUAACUGAUGCUCAAAUGGCAAAGGCCGAUGACAUUUCUCCAAGGAGCUGUCUGAUGGAAGCAAGGUUCUUGAAAUUUAUGGCUGGAGCAACUACAUGGCUUCGUUUGGCGGCUUUGACUUAAUUGUUGGUGAUCGUCCAUUCAACAAGCUGGCUAGCAGCACAAGUAUCACAUGGAUGGGACUGGACAACAGCAUAGUUGCAAUUCCUUAUCUCAAUCCUCUCGAGAGUGUAUAUAUCUCCAAUACCAAUUGGAAUCUCCUCAAGUUGUGUACAUUCAUCCAUCUUCAAGUGCUGAAGGUUCGGAAAUUGCUCACUGUAGGCACUCCAUUGAACAAAUUUGAUGAACUUAAAUGCCAAGUGCUUGAGCCUACAGAACCCGCCAUCGGUCGUUUCCCACUUUUCCCCGCGGAAUGCCUCACACUGCAAUUUGAGAACUUCAAGGUUGGGUAGCAUUCCAAUUUGUUCCAUUUCAUCCCAUUUCAAGAAGGUACAUACUAGUGUAAGCUUCUUGAGGGUUGCAGGAAACAUGAAUGGACUGGUCAACUCCCUAUGUAAUAGAUUGUCCGUUAAAUCAUAGCCCGGGUUCAAAUCAUUUUGCAAACUCAGAUUUUCUAAAUGCUGAAGUUUGUCGAGAUUUGGAAUCCUCAACUUGGUGGAGGAUAGAUAGAGUGCUGCUCUGAUCCCCAACUUCCGAAGAUUUGGAGUAUAUUCUAAGAUUUUCUUACACUGGUCAAGAGGAAUCUGGGUUGAAACAGUUUUCAAGUUUGAAAGACAGUGCAUUUGUGAAUCUGGAAUAUCUUGGUGAACUAUGUUCCCUCUUAGGAUAAGGUGUUUUAGCCUAUUCAACAUCCAUGUUUCAUAAGGUAUUUCAUAAUCCUCUGGGAAGGCUGCGAAGUAGAGGAAACAUGGUUUGAGAUGAUUUGGCAAAUGUUUAUAGCUGAGUUCUACAGUCUUCAUGUGCUGUUCUGGGGCAUUACUUACAUUAGAACUCGUAUCUUCGCCAACUUGAUUCCACCAGUUUGCUGUCUGGUCACUUGCAAGGAUUCCGGCCAUCACAACAAGUGAAAGUGGUAGCCCCUUGCAAUUUCUAGCAAUCUCUUGUCCAAUCUUAAUCAAAGAUGUUGGACAACUGUCUUCAAGAAACACCCUGUACCUGAGUAAAUUCCAGCUUUCUUCGUGACUUAAGAACCGCAAAGGAUACUUGUAGCACCCAGGAUGAACUUUAAAUGGCACGUCUGCAAGUCGAGAUGUGAAUACUAUUCUACUUCCGAGAUUGUCAUCUGGAAAACACAACAUCAGGUCGUUCCAGUCCUUACUAUCCCAUAUGUCGUCCAUGACAACAAGAUAUCUCUGACCGCUUAGCCUCCUUUUCAAGGUUGCUCUUAAUUCCAUGUCACUCUCAUUCUUAUUAUCAACAUCAAAACCUGAUUUUAAGAUGCCAAGCAGGAGAUCUCUCUUUUUAGGCUCUUGAGUAACAGUUGUCCAGGCGCGAACGUGGAAGUGAUAUUCAAUUAAAGGUUCAGUAAAGACUUUUCUGACCAAAGUAGUCUUACCUAGUCCAGCCAUGCCAAAAACUGAGAUAAACUGAAGCUGCUUCCUCCCUCCCUUAAGUUUCUCGAUUAGAAUCCUUGCAUCCUCGUCAUAACCAACCACAGUUGUGCUUCUUGCAUCACGUUGACUCCCAACUUUCUGAAAACUACUAUUCGAGGUUUCCAUGUAUGAGGUGUUUUUAGAUGAUCGAAUCUGUUAAGUAUCUGAUGCUAUGUUGAAAAAGAUUUAUAAGUCAUCUGAUCAGUGUGUUUGACUUUGCUUUGUUCUUGGUCUCUUUAGAGAAAAGGUGUUGUGGAUUGGAUCUGGGAUAUAUCUAUUUGAACAUUUGAGUUUA